UUGAAACAAAUUCGUCUUUGAUUAGUGUGUUAUAUCAACGAAACCCUUCCAAAAAAAUUUUUUACGAAUAGAAACAUUUCGGGGCAACUAAAUUCUUAUUAUCUAUAUAACCAUUAUCUCUUAACACCUUAUAUUUUAAUUCUACGGACCCAUCAUGUUGAGGCAUCUGACGAAGAAUGCCAUGGGAAUGCGAGCCCGUUCCUGUGUCUCCAUGAUUACCAGAUCGGAGCACCAAAUGCCCGAAUAUCUCAAGAAGGUGGAAACGGACACUGACCCAGAGUUCUCAUCCAUGGUGCUCUACUACUACCACAAGGCUGCCCAGGCCAUGGAGCCGGAGCUGAUCAAGAGCAUGGACAAGUACACUCACAUGAAGCCGGAGGAGCGUAAGGCUCGGGUUAGUGCGAUUCUUAAUCUCAUAGGAAGUGUCUCCACCUCGGUGGAGGUCAACUUUCCCAUCAUUCGCCAGGAUGGCAACUAUGAGAUCGUUACUGGCUACCGAGCUCACCACGUCCGUCACCGGCUACCUCUCAAAGGCGGUAUUCGCUAUGCCAUGGAUGUGGACGAGAAUGAGGUGAAGGCCCUGGCCGCGAUUAUGACCUUCAAGUGCGCUUGCGUCAACCUCCCCUACGGCGGAUCCAAGGGUGGGAUCCGCAUGGACCCCAAGAAGUACACCGUAGCCGAGCUUCAGACCAUCACUCGUCGCUACACGAUGGAACUCCUCAAGCGCAAUAUGAUCGGGCCGGGCAUCGAUGUGCCGGCUCCGGAUGUUAACACCGGACCCCGGGAAAUGAGCUGGAUCGUCGAUCAGUACUCCAAAACCUUCGGCUACAAGGACAUCAAUGCAUUGGCCAUUGUUACUGGGAAACCGGUCCACGUGGGCGGGAUAAAUGGUCGCCAUUCGGCCACUGGCAGGGGCGUUUGGAAGUCCGGUGAUCUCUUUAUUCAGGACAAGGAGUGGAUGGAUUUGAUUGGGUUUAAGACAGGGUGGAAGGACAAGCGAUGCAUUGUCCAGGGAUUCGGAAAUGUGGGGUCCUUCGCGGCCAAGUUUAUCCACGAAGUGGGUGCCAAGGUGAUUGGGAUUAAGGAGUUUGAUGUGUCGAUUAAAAAUGACGAAGGAAUUGACAUUGAAGACCUCUUUGAGUAUGUUGCUGAGAAGAAGUCCAUUAAGGGGUAUCCAAAAGCCGAAGAGACCAGCGAUGAAUUAUUGACUGCCGACUGCGACAUCCUCCUACCCUGUGCCACCCAGAAAGUACUCACCACGGAGAAUGCCGGGGACGUCAAGGCCAAGCUGAUCCUGGAAGGGGCCAACGGACCAACGACACCAUCCGCGGAAAAGGUCCUGCUGGAAAAGGGAGCACUUCUGGUGCCCGACCUCUACUGCAAUGCGGGCGGGGUAACAGUGUCAUACUUCGAAUACCUGAAGAACAUCAACCAUGUGUCCUACGGAAAGAUGAACUCCAAGACUACCUCGGAGCUUAUUAAGGAAACUCUCAACUCUAUCAAUCAGUCGCUCAAUGAGUGUGGCGAUGGGGAAUUCCCCGAGAUCAAACCCAACAAGAAGCUGAAGAAGAUGCGCGAGUGCACCACAGAGGCGGAUAUUGUGGAUGCGGCUCUCCAAACCGUAAUGGAAUCGGCGGCCCUCGGAAUCAAGCAGGUGGCCAACAAGUUCGUCCUCUGCAACGAUCUGAGAAAGGCAGCCUACAUCUGGUCGACCUUUAAAAUCUUUAACGCGUUAGAAAGCUCUGGUAUUUCGCAGCAAUAAGUUCUAUAUACGAUUUUAUGUACUAACUAAGAUGAAGGCUAUUUUAAAACGAUUUCGAAUUCAUUUAAUAAAUUUGAUUCUUUGCAAUAA